ACUAACACUAACAGCUGAAUGGCAAUGCCAAGGAAAGCUCCUGGUGAACAGGUAAAACGGGUGGAGCAACCACACAAUUCAAAGUCUUUAUGGUGAUGAGGAGGAAGUAAAGGAGGGGCUCCCUGUACAGCAAGCGCACCAGGCAGCACACUGCUACUCGAUCCAUUACAUCCCACUGGCAGACAUUUGGACAUAGUAUCUGCAGGUAAUAUCGAUACACACUUGUCGUUCUACAUCUAUUACCUUAAUCAUUCCUCCUAGUUUUUUAUUUAAGAGCACAGUUCUUGUGCUGUCAGGUGUUAUACAUGUGCUCACUGUGACCGAGACCAAAUGCUCUUAAAAAUUUUAAACAGGAUCACUAUGUUCAGACAAAGCUGCAGUCGUACUUUUGUCCUCCAGUGCCCGCCCUGGUUAUCUGUCGUCUUGUUAUGCACUGCAAGUCUCCUGAGCACAGAACUGAAAUGCACGCAAGGGAUGCAGGUGAUGUCCACAGGACUGCAGACUAUCCAGAAGGCCGAGGGAGAGAAUGUGACUUUGGGCUGCAGGUACACAACGAGCCCCUUAGAUACCGGAGAACUUGACAUUGAAUGGUCUGUGAUCAGUCCAGACACCACACAGAAAGAUCAGAUGCUCGUGUCCUAUACCGGCGGUACUAAAUACGUCCACAGUAACCACCCUUUUGCAAAAGGGCUCAGCUUUGCUGCUCGUGACCCCUCAGUGGGCGACGCUUCGCUCUCUAUUCCUCUACUGUCCUUAGCUCAAAGUGCUACCUACCAGUGCAAAGUGAAGAAAUCACCUGGAGUGGACACACGCAAGGUGACACUGGUAGUAAUGGCGAAGCCAUCUGUGCCUAAAUGCUGGGUGGAAGGAAAGGAGCUGGUCAGUGAGGCUGUUUCUCUGCACUGCAAGUCUGCAAAAGGCUCCACUCCUUUAACUUACACGUGGAGGAGAGAAUAUGCAGACCGCAUCCCUGCUGCAGCCACACAGAACAGUGUGACUGGGGAGCUGAAAAUCAGCAACCACUCAAAGAGCUUUGCAGGAAUCUACCUUUGUGAGGUGAACAAUGCUGUCGGAGCUGAACGCUGCAGGAUCACCCUAAGAGCCAACAAACCCCCAAACAGAGCUGCGGUGAUAGUCGGCACCAUUGUGGGUUCCCUGCUCCUCAUCUUCAUCCUGCUGGUCUUCAUUGCCAUCCUAUACUGGAAGCUGAGCAACAGACAUCGCUAUGAGAAGGAGUUUUCCAAUGAGAUCAGGGAGGACGCCCCACCUCCUGAGAGCCGGCCGGUCAGUCGCCAUACGAGUCAGAGCACCAGUCAGCACCCACAGGUUACUUACUGUCAGGUGGGUGGGACUGAAGAGAACUCUUUCACUGAAGGAUUCACACAGGCUCCCUCCAGCACACCGGUCAAAUAUGAUAGCAAGUAUGGAUACGCAGUCUGACCAUCAACAUAGCAGAGCUGAACUGAGAUCGUAAAGUUUGAGCAGAAGAUUCAACACAGUUUGGAUAUUGAAACUGACAAUUUGGACUUGGAGUCUUGCACAGGGUCUCAUGAGCUGAAUCGAAAGCUGUGAUUAUUGUUCAUGUUAAUUACUUUCAGUUGAUCUUAGUCACAUAAGAAGUUUUCUUCUUUCAUAUGUAGCAUCUUUCAUUCACCACGCAGGUGAAUGUCAGUGCCUGUAAACAAAUGGAAAAUGCAAAAGUAACGAUAAUAAAAAA